CACUUCCUUAUAAAAUGCUUCAAAAUAUCCAGAAGAAUCACAAUAAGAUACUAAAGCCGGUGGUAUUAGCAGCCAUGGCUUCUGAUAGGGUUCCGAAGAAAAUCACUCCAGUGCAGUUGCCUGAUACAUUACCUGAUGAAGGAAUGGACAUCAGCGAUGCUAUGGCCAUGUUUAGUAAGAAUUACCUCAGCAGCUAUUAUGGCGAAGACUUUGAGAAAGAUGCAGACAAAAGUUUUGAAUCUGACCUUCCAUUCGAAGAAACACCACUUGGAAUUCGGCUCACGGAGAAUUCAGAUAAAGAUUUUGAAAAAGAUAGAGUAUCUAUCCCUACUAUUCUGGGGGAUGGUCUUGGAUGCAUUACCAAUAAUCCUAAAUUCUCAUGGGCAUGCAAUCCAUGAGAUACCGAGUUUGAGAUAGAGGUAUGAGAUGCAUUGGCAGAGCAAUUCGGUCUUAAUGAUGAAUAUUUGCAUGUUUACAAUGGUGUCGGAAUCAUUAACUCAUGUGAGUCGGAUGGGCUAUUCACUAUCCUAAUCACAGCUCAAUUCUUAAAAAGACAAGCGAUCAAGGAUGAUUCUUCAACCUCGGAUAAGUUCAUAGUAUACUGCUCAAAAAGAGAGGAAAUUUAUCCAAUCCAAAGAAUUGCGAGGAUGCAGGAUAUGACUCUUCGUCAAUUUUCUUCACCAGAGGAGCUGCAAGACUUAAUUGCUGAGGACAAAUCAAAUGGUUUGCAUCCGAGCUUGGUUAUUUACGAUGCUAAGCUUCAAGAGGAAGAGAAAUUCAAAGAAAAUCUUGAGCAUGUAGAAUCCCUCUGAUCCUCUGAGGCAGAGGAAAAUGAAAUCUGGAUGCACGUGAACCUAGGACAUGAUGGAUGCUUAUCCAUGCUUGAUGAAUACAAGUACCUCACCAAAGUAUCCAGUGAUUCGCUGAUAAUCGAAGGCUCAAAGCAUCUUGAGACUUCCUUUGAAUCAUCCUUAAUGUGGGUAAAGAAUAGGGAAAGGAUCGAAAAUGGCAUGCAUCUUGAAGCAAAGAUUACAAGAAAAUUUGGAAUCCUCUUCAAAAGUGACAAGUAUUCUGUAGAUUACAAGAACUAUCAGGUCUACUUAGGUAAGAUGAACAGAGCAUAUAAGGUCUGGUUUGCAGUAAACAUGCAUGGCCUUGAUGGCUUAAAAGAGAAGAUCAGGAAUAGUAUUUCAUAGCCUCUUUCAAUAA